AUGAUGGGCUCCGUGCUCCCGGCUGAGGCCCUGGUGCUCAAGACCGGGCUGAAGGCGCCGGGGCUGGCACUGGCCGAGGUCAUCACCUCCGACAUCCUGCACAGUUUCCUGUACGGCCGCUGGCGCAACGUGCUGGGCGAGCAGCUCUUCGAGGACAAGAGCCACCACGCCAGCCCCAAGACAGCCUUCACCGCCGAGGUCCUGGCGCAGUCCUUCUCCGGCGAGGUGCAGAAGCUGUCCAGCCUGGUGCUGCCGGCGGAGGUGAUCAUCGCGCAGAGUUCCAUCCCCGGCGAGGGCCUCGGCAUCUUCUCCAAGACGUGGAUCAAGGCGGGCACGGAGAUGGGCCCCUUCACCGGCCGCAUCAUCGCCCCGGAGCACGUGGACAUCUGCAAGAACAACAACCUGAUGUGGGAGGUGUUCAAUGAGGACGGCACAGUGCGCUACUUCAUUGAUGCCAGCCAGGAGGACCACCGGAGUUGGAUGACCUACAUCAAGUGUGCGCGGAACGAACAGGAGCAGAACCUGGAGGUCGUCCAGAUCGGCACCAGUAUCUUCUACAAGGCUAUCGAGAUGAUCCCGCCUGACCAGGAGCUGCUGGUGUGGUAUGGAAACUCACACAACACCUUUCUGGGGAUCCCUGGUGUGCCCGGGCUGGAGGAGGAGCAGAAGAAGAACAAGCAUGAGGACUUCCACCCGGCGGACUCGGCGGCGGGCACCGCGGGCCGCAUGCGCUGCGUCAUCUGCCACCGCGGCUUCAACUCGCGCAGCAACCUGCGCUCGCACAUGCGCAUCCACACGCUGGACAAGCCCUUCGUGUGCCGCUUCUGCAACCGCCGCUUCAGCCAGUCGUCCACGCUGCGCAACCACGUGCGCCUGCACACGGGCGAGCGCCCCUACAAGUGCCAGGUGUGCCAGAGCGCCUACUCGCAGCUGGCCGGCCUGCGCGCCCACCAGAAGAGCGCGCGCCACCGGCCGCCCAGCGCCGCGCUGCAGCCGCACUCGCCCGCCCUGCCCGCGCCGCACGCGCACGCGCCCGCGCUCGCCGCCGCCGCCGCCGCCGCCGCCGCGGCCGCGCACCACCUGCCGGCCAUGGUGCUGUGA